UCCUUGUCUUUCUUUCUCUCUGUGCCCAAACAAAUAUUCGGAGAUUUUAUGUCCUCGACGUUCAAUCUUAUCCAUUUUUUGUUUUCAUGAAAAUAUGGUUGAUUUAGAUUGGAAAGCUAAGAUGGUGUCCUCUGAUCUCCCGAACAAAUCCCCUAAACUCUCUAACAAGCUUCAUGUCAUGAUCCCUUCCACGACGCCGUUUCGUGGGAUCACCAAUGUCUCGCCGGUAUCUGCUUCUGACUCUUCUUGUUCGGCUUACGAGCACUAUCUUCGCCUACCUGAGUUGAGGAAGUUGUGGACUUUUAAAAAGUUUCCCGAUUGGAAAAACGAGUCGAUUUUGAAACCGGCUUUGCAGGCUCUAGAGAUCAUGUUUCGGCUCGUUUCCACCGUUUUAUCGGACCCGAGACCCUACGCUAACCGGAGAGAAUGGAAACGGAGGCUCGAGUCACUUGCUACUUCUCAGAUCGAGCUGAUAGCUAUCCUUUGUGAAGACGAGGAAGAAGAUGGAGACACACGUGGGACGGCACCGAUCCUUGAUUUACGCUCAUCUAACGGCAUUUUGGCUCGGGAUGGGAGUUACGCUGAGGUAUGGAAGGUCUCAUCUGAAACCACCGUGGUCAACAGGACCAGCGAGGCCAGCCUUCUCCCUCUACUCGCCACGUGGCAGAAGUCCGAGGACAUCGCACAGAAAAUCCUUUACUCCAUCGAAUGCGAGAUGAGGCAGUGUCCAUACACUCUAGGUCUCGGAGAGCCGAACCUCGCCGGAAAACCUAACCUCGAUUACGACGCCGUUUGCAAGCCAAGUGACGUUCAUAGUCUCAAAAAGAAUCCAUACGAUCAUAUAGACAACCACGAGAACCAAACGCUGUACACCACACACCAGAUUCUAGAGUCAUGGAUUCAAGUAGCUAAAGAGCUCAUUAAACGCGUAAUUGAAAGAAUCGAAAGCCAGAAAUUCGACAAGGCAUCAAGCGAUUGCUAUUUGCUCGAGAGAAUUUGGAAGCUUCUAUCCGAAAUAGAAGAUUUGCAUCUGUUAAUGGAUCCAGACGAUUUCUUAAGGCUCAAAAACCAGUUGCUCAUGCGAUCUCGGGAUGAAACAGAGGAGUUCUGCUUCCGAUCCAGAGCGCUGGUGGAAAUAACGAAAGCAUGCAGGGACUUGAAGCACAAGGUUCCGGAGAUUCUAGGCGUAGAGGUGGACCCCAAGGGUGGACCCAGGAUACAGGAGGCGGCGAUGAGAUUGUACAGCGAGAAGAGGGAAUUUGAUCAGAUCAGUUUACUUCAGGGGUUGCAGGCGACGGAGGCUGCGUUGAAGAGGUUUUACUAUGGAUAUAAGCAGCUGCUGGUGGUGGUUAUCGGCAGCUUGGAGGCUAAAGGGAACCGGGUUUUGGCGAGUCCUGAAACUUGCGACUCACUGAGUCAGCUGUUCCUGGAGCCGACUUAUUUCCCGAGUUUGGAUGCAGCCAAGACGUUUUUGGGCGAGUUUUGGAGUCAUGAACAGAGUGGGUUGGAGAAACGGAAUCCAAGAAAAUAGCUCUGGGCACAGGUGGAGGAUGAGGUGGACUCGGUUGUUUUGACCGACUCAGUUGCUGUUGCUUCUUUGAAAAAAAAAAAAUGCCCUUUGCUUGUUAGAAAUUCUAGUUUGAAAUAGACUAAUACAAUUACAAUUUUUUUAAUUAAUUGUACCAAAAGUAUUGAAUAUUGUAAAAUUUUUCUAAUAUAUUUAUUUAUUUUAAUUAA